AUGAAGUUUAGUUUACUAUUGCUUCUGGGUGCCUCGCUAGGCACUUUUACCGAGGCUGCUAUCCAUAAAAUGCGGCUUAAAAAGAUUCCUGAAACGACCGCUCAAAAGCUUCAGCGUUAUUCUUCAGCUGGUGACUAUUUAACUCAGAAAUACUUUCCCACUUCACGUCGUCUACAAGAGAACAAUCAAGUAUUCGUCUCUGGCGUUGUGGAAAACGACUACCAGGGUAUACCCCUUUCAAACUAUAUGAACGCCCAGUAUUAUGGUGAGAUCGGACUCGGUACUCCAGAACAGACAUUCUCCGUCAUCUUUGAUACCGGCUCAUCGAAUCUGUGGGUUCCAUCUACCCACUGCUCCUCAAUUGCAUGCUUCCUGCAUCGUAGAUACGACUCCAAGGCCUCAAAAACGUUCAGAAAGAAUGGAACAGAAUUUGCUAUCCGAUACGGCAGUGGGAGUUUGGAGGGUAUUAUUAGCAAUGACGUGUUGACUGUAGGAGAUUGGAAACUGAAAGAUUUAGAUUUCGGCGAGUCGACCAAGGAGCCCGGCUUGGCUUUUGCUUUUGGAAAAUUCGACGGAAUAUUUGGACUCGGAUACGAUACUAUCGCGGUCAAACGCGUCGUUCCUCCCUUCUACAAGAUGGUCAGCGACCUCGGUAUUGAUCCCGUAUUCUCCUUCUGGCUUGGUGAUACCGAAAAGGAUGGGGAAGGUGGUGAAUUGGCAUUUGGUGGUAUCGAUUAUGAUCAUAUCGCUGGUGACAUUAAAUGGGCUCCGGUUCGCAGAAAGGCUUACUGGGAAGUUGAACUGGAGACCGUCUACUUUGGUGGGGAAGAGGUUAAAUUCGAAAACACAGGUGCUGCUAUCGAUUCUGGUACUUCUCUUAUUGCCGUCCCGUCGAUUGUUGCCGAUCUCAUAAACAAGCAGAUUGGUGCCAAGAAGAACUUUGCUGGGCAAUAUGUCAUCGAAUGCGAUAAGGUUAAGACUUUGCCAGACUUUACCUUCCAGUUUGGCGGUGUGAACUAUACACUUAAUGGUGAUGACUACAUCUUACAAGUCCAACGCCAAUGUAUCUCUGCUUUCAUGGGCCUUGAUAUUCCCGCACCUCUUGGUCCUAUCUGGAUCGUCGGUGAUGCGUUCCUCCGUAAAUUCUAUACAAUUUACGAUCUUGGCAAAGAUCGCGUUGGCUUCGCUUUAUCCAAAUAA